AUGUUCGCAGAAGUCAAACCUGUAGAAAAUACUAAUUACGACAGAAGGGUACGUGAAAAUCAGAAAAAUGAAUUCAAGAAAAUAUUAGAAGAAGAUUAAAUUUCUUCCUAGAUCGCAGAAUAAUUAGCAACAUCUCUUGAAUAAGAAGCAUAUGUGCUUUCCGGAGGCGAUCAUACAAGAGACUAUAGAACUAGAGUUAAUACUGUUAAAAUGCGUUUGAAGGGAACUAAAGGAUAAUUAAUUAGAACUGCUUUAGUUGAACAAAUUAUGACACCUAAAGAAUUGAUGUCAUUAGAUAUGUCAAAGUUGAGCGAGGAUAGCGUUUAAGCAUUCUUGUAGAAAGAACAAAGAGGACUUCCUCAACCAUAAGCUAAUAUCAAAAAAAACGUUUCAUAAAGAGGGCCUCCAACAAGACCGCCUGCUGCUGGUGUCCCAACAACGAGAAGUUAAGUUAUUCCACCUCCUGUACAUAUAUCAAAUGAAUAAACUUCAUAGCAAAUUGUUAAUUAAUAAUAAACAUCAGAUUAAACAAGGUCUGAAAAUUAGAAUAUUUAAAUGCAAGCAGAACCUUAACCACAUAAAUAAGAGUAUGGAAAUAAUCUUCAAAAUUAAGCUAAAGAUGAGAAUCCUUAAAUUUAAAAAUAAGUUCCAAAAUAGUAAAUCCCUCCUCAUUUUUAAUCUAAAUAAGUAACUCCUGCGUAACUCUCUAAUAAUUAAACUGGCGCAGUUGAUUUAUCCUCUUAAUAAUAAUAAUAAUAAUAAUAAUAAUAAUAAUAACUAUUACAACCAUAAAAAUAAUAAUAAUAAUAAUAAGAUGUAAUACAUAAAUAAUAAAAAAUAGAAUCCUAAAAAAAUGGCAAUGCUACUCAUCCAAUUACAUAACAACAAGCAACUCAAUAAAAUAACUAUUAAUAAGAAGAAAACGAAAACUUGGAGGAAGAAGAUUUAAUUAAUUUUGAUUCUUUGAAGUAAAAUCAGGAAAAAUUAAAUUAAUUAGCUGAAUAAUUGAGAUCAGAUGAAUCAGGAGAAUCAAAUUAACAGAACAAAGAAUAUUCUAAUUCAAACUAAAAUUGCAACUUUUCUUAAAACGAUGAUUAGGUCGAAGAAACAGCGUUUUAACCUUAAAAUAAUAUUAUUAAAGAAAGCAAUUAAGAUUCUUCAGACAAUCUAUAAAAAAUUGAACAAUAAAGACAGUAAAAUUAUGAAAAUUAACACUAAGAUUAACAGCUCGAGGAAUUUUAGCAAGAAAUUAUAAAAUAAGAAGUACAUAAUUCCGAAGAAUAAAAGCAAGAAUAAUUUAUUUAAUAAUAAAUACCCUCUUAACAUCAUUCUUCUGAACAAUAAAAAGGAAUUUUUCAUUAGUAAUCAAAUGAAAAAGAAAGUAUAUAAUAAAAUAACGAAGAUUAAUAAGUAAAACAAUAAAACUUCUUGAUUCAAUCGAACUAGCAUUAAUAAUAAUAACAAUAGUAAGUAAAAUAAUUUUAAAAGGAUACAUUUAAUUUUUAGAGUGAAUAAAUAUUCAAUAAAUAAGAAGAGCAGAUUGAAAACUUAGGUAAUUAAACAUAAACACCAAAAUUCACUAUAUAAUUACAGUAAUAAUAAACUGUAUCAGUUGAUGUGGCUUUAUUUCAAUAAAUGAUAAAAUAAAGAGAUCAUUAUUAUGAAAAUCAGAUUUCUUAAUUAAUUAAAUAAAAUAAUGACCUUCAGCAUUCAAUAGCUUAAUUUCAAUAGGAUCAUUUUAAAAAGAUUUAAGAAUUUUAAUAAAAGAAUGUAAAUUAUUAAACUUAGAUUCAAUAACUACAAAAUGAAAAUUAGCUAUUGAGGACAUCUUUAUAAAAUUAAGAAUUAAAAUUCAAUGAAAUAACUUAAUCAACUUAAAGGAAUAAAUUUAGAGUGAAAGAAAAAUAAUUUUAAAAGCUCUAAGAAAUUUAAUAAAUUGAAAAAUAAAAUGAAAGACAUUUUAUUGAGAAAUUGCAUUCAAACACACAAUAAAGAAAGGAUUUUAUUCAUAAAUAUCGUUUAUAAUAAACCCAAUCCAACAUGGAUGACUAAAUAUCAAUUUUAUAAGGAUUAUUAUCUAAAUUAUAACCACCUUAAUUACCAAGGGUCUAGUAAUUAUAAUAACCUAUAUAAAUUUAAUCUAAUAACUAACAACCAGUUGUCUAAACUUUAGUUGCUGAAGUUCCUGUUACACAUUAGCAUCAUGUACAAUAGUAAAAUUAACAAUAUUGGGCUAAUGAAGAUGAAGUAAAUUUGUAGGGUUAAAUUGUAAAUGCUGAUUCUGGCUCUACAUAGUUGAAGACUGGAAAUAAUUAAAUAUAAGUUUAAGAUGUGUAAGACGCAUUAGAUGAAUAGGGUGCUUAAGAUGAACAACAAUAGUUUGAAUAGUAGGAUUAGUAAUAUUAAGUUGAUUAGGAAGAUGAAUAAUUAAAUAAAAAUAAUGAAUAAGAUGAAGAAAUCGUAUAUGAACAAUAAUAAGUAGAUAAUUAGGUUUACUUUUAAUAAUAAUAGUAAUAGUAACAUUAAUAAUCAUAAUACUUAUCUCAGUAACACUAAGAAUAACAUUAAUAAUAAUAUUAGAAAAUUUUAACAGAUCCAUAAACACAUUUAAAUUUAUCUUAAUAACAAUUGUAAGAAUAAAUCUAAAAUAAAGAAAUACAAUAGAAAGCAGAAAAAAAUGAAAAGCAAAAGAAUAAUCAAUUUCAUAUAGAUGAAUAAAAUUAAGAUUUAAAUGUUAUCUAGAAUGAAGUUUAAGAAAAUACUUAUCAUCCUCCUCCACCAAAAAGAAAACAAAAUCCUUAAUAAUAAGAAAAUUAAACUAAAUUUGCUCAUCCAAGAUUGGCACACAAAUAAGAGAAUAAUAACUCAUAAUAGAAUUAAUAGUAAAAUCUUUAAUAAAAUAAUCCCUUUUUUGAUUAUUAAGGAGCAGAAGAAUUCUUUCAAACUAACAAUUAAACUAAUUUUUAACAAUUUUUUGAAAAAUAAGUAGAAAUGCCAAAACAAAAAGCUACAGAAUAGAGAACAAAAUAAAUAAAUAGAAGAGCAAAUGUGCCUGGAUCAUUAUUUGAUUGA